AUAAAGAAAGAAAAAAGAAUAGCAAUUAAACCACCUGCCUCGAACUCCACCUAGUAACGAAGAAAUCAAGACCCCAAAUCCGGUGAAAAACAUGGGAAUCUCCGCUUUCAAACACCUAUAACGUAGCUAAAGAAAAAAGGAAACUGAUCCAUGCAAGAGAAAAGUUGAGCAUUGCUAUAUUAUAAAACCCAAGAAAAGAAAUGAUAACCAUGCAAGACCCAAUCGGGAUUCCCGCUUGUUUUUCAUCAGGUGAGAAGCCAACCGACCAUGAUCUGGCGGUAACCAGGUCGGGUCAGAGUGUUUUCAUGUCAGUUUACCGUACAAAAAUGGCGGAUCACUGUCGUUUGAUCACCGUCACUUGGUGCAAGAAUCUGUUGCUUCAUGGUCUUUCCAUAUCGGUGGAAGGUCCCGAGGGGGAGUCUCAGUAUACCUGCAAAAUCGAGCUUAAACCAUGGUAUUUUUGGAGGAAACAAGGCUCCAAACGCUUCACGGUCGAUGAUGGUAAACCCGUUGAUAUCUUCUGGGACUUGAAAUCUGCUAAAUUCAACGGCGAAACCGAGCCUGGAUCUGAUUACUACGUUGCUGUUGUUAGCGAGGAAGAGAUUGUUUUACUCCUUGGGGAUCUAAAGCAAGAUGCUUAUAGGAAAACCGGAUGCAGGCCUGCAAAUUUUAACCCCAUUUUUGUCUCGAGAAAAGAGCAUAUAUUUGGGAAAAAGAAGUUCAGUUCAAGAGCUAAAUUUCAUGAAAAAGGUAGGUUUCAUGAGAUCUCAAUCGAAUGCAAGAGUGGGGUUGAUGAUGAACCUGAAAUGGAGAUGAGAAUUGAUGGACAAUUGGUCCUACAUGUCAAGCAUCUCCAAUGGAAAUUUAGAGGUAAUGAGUCCAUUUACGUCAACAAAACAAGAGUUGAACUUUAUUGGAAUGUUCAUGAUUGGCUUUUUAACCCUGGUUUAAGGCAUGCUUUGUUUAUAUUCAAGCCUAUUUCUUCUUCUUCUUCUUCUUCAUCUGAAACAGUGAGCAGUGCUCCAUCAGAAGGGUUUAAUCACAAUGGAUUGUCUGAAUAUUGCUUGUUUGUGUAUGCGUGGAAAGUUGAAUGACAGCAAAGAGGCCAUAGGUCGCUUCAAAAUCAAUUCAUGUGAUUGGGAGCGUAUGAAUCCCGAAAAAGGGUUGGAUUUACUUACAGCUGGGACUGAAACAAGUGGGCAAAUUUGGACAAAGGCAGAUUGAAUACCAAACAUGCCUAAUAAUUCUCCAUAUCCAGAGGCAUCUGCCAUUUCCAGGCUCCAGCUGUUUUGUUUUUUAUUUUUAUUUUUAUCUGAUCUGGAUAAGUGAGCUGUUAAGCAAAGCUCCUUUCAGUACACUAUUAUGUAUGUUUUUCUGAUAUUUUAUAUAAUAUAUUGAAGUACAAAA